UUCAUUAAACAUCAUGAGAGAAAUCGUACAUUUACAAGCUGGACAAUGUGGCAAUCAGAUUGGAGCAAAGUUUUGGGAGGUAAUUUCAGAAGAACAUGGAAUAGAUCAAACAGGAAUAUAUCAUGGUGAUAGCGACCUACAAUUGGAAAGAAUUUCUGUCUACUAUAAUGAAGCUUCCGUUGCUACGUCAACUAAUGGAGGCAAAUACGUCCCAAGAGCAAUUUUAUUGGAUCUGGAACCUGGGACGAUGGAUGCAGUACGUUCAGGAGCAUAUGGAAGACUUUUUAGACCCGACAACUUUGUUUUUGGUCAAUCGGGAGCUGGAAAUAACUGGGCUAAAGGUCAUUAUACUGAAGGAGCAGAAUUAGUAGACUCGGUUCUUGAUGUUGUUCGUAAAGAAUGUGAAAAUUGCGACUGUCUUCAAGGCUUCCAACUAACUCAUUCUCUUGGAGGAGGAACGGGAUCAGGAAUGGGAACUUUGUUAAUUUCUAAAAUUCGCGAGGAGUAUCCUGAUCGAAUUAUGAAUACUUAUUCUGUUAUGCCUUCACCCAAGGUUUCUGAUACUGUUGUUGAACCCUACAAUGCUACUCUUUCCGUCCACCAGCUUGUCGAAAAUACUGAUGAAACAUACUGCAUUGAUAAUGAAGCGUUAUAUGAUAUCUGCUUCCGUACUUUGAAGGUUUCCAAUCCUUCUUAUGGCGAUUUGAAUCAUUUAGUGUCACUUACCAUGUCCGGUGUCACGACUUGUCUUCGAUUUCCUGGUCAACUCAACGCUGAUUUAAGGAAAUUAGCUGUCAAUAUGGUUCCAUUCCCUCGUCUUCACUUUUUCAUGCCUGGAUUUGCUCCUCUUACUUCUCGUUCUAUGCAACAAUACUCAGCGUUAUCUGUUCCUGAGCUUACUCAACAAAUGUUUGAUGCUAAGAAUAUGAUGGCUGCAUGUGAUCCAAGACACGGGAGGUAUUUGACAGUUGCAGCCGUGUUUCGUGGCAGAAUGUCGAUGAAAGAAGUUGAUGAGCAAAUGCUUAGUGUUCAGAAUAAAAAUAGUUCUUACUUUGUUGAAUGGAUUCCAAAUAAUGUCAAGACUGCCGUCUGCGAUAUUCCACCCAAAGGACUCAAGAUGUCAUCGACUUUUAUUGGAAAUACUACAGCUAUUCAAGAACUUUUUAAACGUAUCUCCGAACAAUUCAGUGCUAUGUUUAGGAGGAAGGCUUUCUUACAUUGGUAUACUGGCGAGGGUAUGGAUGAAAUGGAAUUUACAGAAGCCGAAUCGAAUAUGAAUGAUUUAGUUUCUGAGUAUCAACAGUAUCAAGAAGCCACUGCUGAAGAAGAUUUUGAAGCUGAAGAAGGUGGUGAUGAUUUCGAAACUUGCGAUCAAGAGUAAUGGAGACUGAAUUUAUUUGUACGAAAUUUUUAAUAAUCUACUUAAUCGAAAUUUUAUAAGUGAGAACCAAAAAAUUUUUUUAAAAUAGAUAUAUAAUAAUGAAAAAAUUACAAAAAAUGAUUUUUAUAGUUGCUUCUUUAUUCUACGCUCUUUUCACUGUAUGAAUGAGUCAAUAAUAAUGAAAUAUAAUUUUAUUGUUUAUUCAAAUUGAAAAUGUUUUUUUUCAUCAAAUGGCAGAAUUAAUAAUUUUAUGUA